AACGGCGCGGGGGCUGCUGGGAAGUCGGGGUUCGGCCGCCCGGCCAGCGGAAGCGCGGGCGACCCUAUGAGGCGGAGCGAAGGGUUAGGGGCGAGGCGGGCCGAGCUUCCCUGAGGAAGCGGCCGCAAUCGUGAGACAAACACCUCAACCUUAUACACCAAGUUAUGACCACCGGCCCGAAAACACUUUCAUCUACCGGCAGCGCCCUUAGCUUCCCGGAGCUAAGCUUCCUAGUGACGUCAUCCCCAGGUACUUCCGGUUUCCGCUCGCGGUCCUCAACUCACCUGCCAGCCCGCCAGUUCUCCCAGGCUUCUGCCAGCUGCUGAUGAAGGAGUGGGCCACCAGGAGGAAGCAGCAGCAGGCAGUUCUGUCAGUCAUCAUGGGGAUCCGAGGACUGAUGAGUUUUGUGGAAGAUUAUAGUAAUGAAUUCUUCACUGAUCUGAAACUGCGCGACACAAAAAUUAUCAUUGAUGGCUAUUCUCUUUUCCACCGACUUUGCUUCAAUUCAGACUUGGAACUCCGGUAUGGAGGGGACUAUGAUUCAUUUGCAAAUGUUGUACAGAAAUUCUUUGAAUCGCUGUUUGCCUGUCAUAUUUGUCCAUAUGUUGUAUUAGAUGGAGGAUGUGACAUUUCAGAUAAAAAGCUUGCAACUUUGAAGGAUCGAGCUAGAGAGAAGAUCCAAGUGGCCCAUUCCCUUUCUGUUGGUGGGGGUGGGAAUGUGUGUCCCUUACUCAUCCGAGAAGUGUUCAUCCAGGUUUUGAUUAGGCUUAAGGUAUGUUUUGUUCAGAGCUUUUCAGAAGCAGAUCGGGACAUUAUGACACUUGCCAAUCAUUGGAACUGUCCUGUGCUAUCAUCAGACAGUGACUUUUGCAUUUUUGACCUGAAAAGUGGGUUUUGCCCACUGAGCAGCUUUCAGUGGAGAAAUCUGAACAUUGUUAAGACUACAGAAGAUUACUAUAUUCCCGCCAGAUGCUUUUCCCUUGAUGCAUUCUGCCAUUACUUCAGCAACAUAAACAAAGCUCUAGUACCUCUCUUUGCGGUGCUAUGUGGAAAUGACCAUGUUAACCUGCCCGUCAUAGAGACAUUCAUAAGUAAAGCGCGUCUUCCUCUUAGUUCUAAGGGGAGGAGAUAUCAACGAGUUGUGGGACUUCUGAACUGGUUGUCUCAUUUCGAUGACCCCACAGAAGCAUUAGAUCAUGUUCUGAAGUAUCUCCCCAAAAAGGGUCGAGAAGAUGUCAAGGAACUUCUCUGCUGUUCCAUGGAGGAGUACCAGCCUUCCCAGGUGAAGCUGCAGGACUUCUUCUACUGUGGUACUUAUGUCUGUCCAGACGCUUUGAAUCUGGGCUUACCAGAGUGGAUACAAGCAGCUCUAGCCAAAGGCCAGCUACCACCUUUCAUCAGUGAUGCUUUGGUGCUCCAAAGGACCUUUCUUCACACACAGGUAGAAAAUAUGCAGCGACCAAAUGCCCACAGAAUAGCUCAGCCCAUCCGGCAAGUCAUCUAUGGGCUUCUUUUGAAUGCCUCAUCACAUCCAGAAGCUGUAUCCCAGAAUACAGUGCCUUCUCAGCCUCUGGCUUUCAAUGAAGUGGAAAGAGUUAAUAAAAAUAUCAAAAUAUCAGUUGUUUAUGCAAAGCAACUACUCAAGGAUCAUUCUGACUUGAGCAAAUUAACUGAGCUCCCCUUGGCUAGGCGGCAGAUGCUUCUGUUCGAAGCCCUGAAGGUCAAACAGGUUGUCCUGGAGUCCAUCCCUGCUCUGCUGCAGUUGCCCAUUGCUGUCACUUGUUACUGGUUGCAGUCCACAGAGGCCAAGGCCAAGCUCCAUCAUCUGCAGGCCUUACUGCUGGGGAUGCUGAUGGAGCCCUUGCAUGCCAUCAUCAACUGCCCUGGUGAGGAAGGUCCACGGGCAGGUGGUGCCAAGAUGCUGUAUGAAGAAUUACAACAGGCGAAGACAGCCCUGCGGCCUGGUGCCAGACUGGACUUGGACACAGCUCAUGUCUUCUGUCAGUGGCAGUGCUGCCUCCAGAUGGGGCUGUAUCUCAACCAGCUGCUGUCCACGCCUCUGCCCGAGCCAGACCUGACUCAGUUGUACAGUGGAAGCCUGGUACAUGGACUCUGCCAGCAACUGCUAGCAUCCACCUCUGCAGACAGCCUCCUGAACAUGUGUCCUGAGGCAAAGCAACUUUAUGAACAUCUGUUCAAUGCCGCGAGGUCAUAUGCCCCAGCUGAACUGUUUUUACCAAAGGCUCAAUCAAACUCAAAAAAGAGGAGGCAGAAGAAAAAGGCUGGCAGCCAGUCAAAGAGCCAAGUGAGAACCACUUCAAACACCAGGCACUGGGAUGACAGAAGCAAUCGGUUCAGGCUGUUAAUGGUUGAAAGCUUGGAGGAGCACGUGGAGACCUCAGAGCUUGAAUAAACAGUCUAUAGCAUAUGAGAUUGGUGGUUCUAACUUAAAGACAGUUGUCUUACCUCCCUUGAAACUGACUUUUCUUUAGGACUAGCCAAUUAUGGGAUAAACCUUACAACAGACCAUCUGAAUUCCAAGAUAUUUUGUACUCCACUUUUACUACAGCCUGAUUUAAGAAAUGUUUCUCUCACCACUUAUUUACUUUGUGUGUGUUGGGGAAGCGAGAGCCAUGGUACUU